CACAUAAAGUAACACCAUACCUUCCCUCUUAGUAUCAACACUUUGUGACACUCAUUAAAACUCCAGAAACUUCCCAAAACUCUCAAGUCCACUAGCCACCCAAUAAAAUCUGCCACCCACAAAUAACCUAUAUAAAGACACUACAACUUAAAAUGAUCCAUUAACAGUGAUUAAGAUCUUCAUGUUAAUAUUCAAAAGUAACAUCUAAGCAUAGCAUUAUAAGCCACUUUAAUCAUCAUUUUGUUUGUAUUGAAGUCCUCUAGGGAGCAAACUAGGUCCAUUGAGAAGUUGUGUAUGGAGCUUACAAACAUGGAAGCUAAAGCAAGGGAUCCAGUUUCGAGGCAGGCGAACGAGUGGAGCUCCGGGAAGGGUAAGAUGGGAGUCUAUAAAGAGAGGAUGAUGAAGCUUGGAGGUUUAAUAUGGAGCACAUUUUGGAAAGUGGGUAGGGAGGACCCUAGGCGGCUCAUCCAUGCAUUUAAAGUGGGGUUGUCAUUGACAUUGGUUUCGUUGUUGUAUCUCUUGGAGCCUUUGUUCAAUGGCGUUGGACAAAAUGCUAUUUGGGCAGUCAUGACUGUUGUAGUUGUGCUCGAGUUUACUGCAGGGGCAACAUUAUGUAAGGGAUUGAACAGAGGACUUGGGACAGUCUUGGCAGGAUCACUGGCAUUUUUUAUUGAGUUUGUUGCCAAUAGAUCUAAUCAUGUCUUUCGCGCCAUUUUCAUCGGAUUUGCCGUAUUUUUGAUUGGAGCAUCAGCUACAUAUAUAAGAUUCUUCCCAUACAUAAAGAAGAAUUAUGAUUACGGAGUGGUGAUAUUCUUGCUAACCUUCAACUUGAUCACGGUGUCUAGUUAUCGUGUCGAUGAUGUCCUGCAUAUAGCGCAACAACGACUCUAUACCAUUGUCAUGGGAUGUGGGAUAUGCCUCUUGAUGAGUCUUUUCAUUUUUCCAAAUUGGUCAGGGGAAGAUCUACAUAAUUCUACUGUUUCCAAACUUGAUGGCCUUGCUAGGUCUAUUGAAGCAUGUGUGAACCAAUACUUUUGUGACUCCAAUUCAGAAGAUUUAGAAGACAAUUUAUCUGACGGCCCCAUUUAUAAAGAAAUUUUAGAUUCAAAAUCUGCAGAUGAGGUCCUGGCCUUAUAUGCAAGCUGGGAGCCUCGUUUGCCAAGACACUGCUUCAGAUUCCCAUGGAAGCAGUAUGUUAAGGUAGGAACAGUUCUUCGCCAUUUCGGGUACACCAUUGUUGCUCUGCAUGGCUGUUUGCAGACUGAAAUUCAGACUCCAAAAGCAGUUCGUGCAUUAUUCAAGGACCCCUGCAUCCGGCUAGCAGCAGAAGUCUCAAAAGUUCUUAUAGAACUUUCGAACAGCAUAAAAAACAGGCGUCAUUGCUCCCCAUCUAUCCUCUCAAACCACCUCCAUGAAGCAUUACAAGACCUUGACACCGCCUUAAAAUCUCAACCUCGUCUCUUUCUUAAUCCCACCCUUGAUAGCCAGAAUCCUACUCCACCUAAUUUAUUUCCCUUAACAAAGCUCCCAACAAAUGUUGCCAUAUCAAGUUUUAAGACCGACUCUUCUGCCCUACUCGAGUGGAAGAGUAAGCGAGAUCAGAAAAUUGCUAGUGCUACUGAGGCCUUAACACCUAAGGAGAAAGACAUUGUAGGAGACAGAAGAAUGUUGAGACCUACAUUGAGCAAGAUUGCCAUCACAAGCUUAGAGUUUGCUGAGGCACUCCCAUUUGCAGCAUUUGCAUCGUUGCUAGUGGAGACGGUUGCUAGAUUGGAUCAUGUCAUCGACGAGGUAGAAGAGCUUGGGAGGAUAGCUCAUUUUAAAGAGUUUAGGCCUGGGGAUGAUAUUGUUGUUAAGUGUUGUGAUGAUGAUAAGCCUGUUGCCAAUGGAUUGCUUAAUCACCUGUCUUCCCAUGGUUUUGACUGAGAAUAAAUCGAUUUGUACUUCAUUUGUGUAGAUUUAGCUGAAAAUUGUGCAUGUCAUUAACGAUUACUAGUGAAUAAUUUGUUAA